GAGAAACAGUGAGACAGAGUCAGGCAAGAGACCCUGCAGCAGAAAUCCAUUCAACAGCACUAGGAUGAAGAUGAACACUGUAACUGUGCUCGUCAUGCUUCUGUGUGUUAUUGCCACGCAAGGAAUUCCCAUUGUAGGAACCAGAGCUCGCUGUCUCUGUACUCAAACAACUUCCAGAUUUAUAAAACUGCAGAAUAUCCAGAGUCUGAAGUAUAUUCCUAGAGGAACGAGCUGUGAGUCAACAGAGAUAAUUGUUACCCUGAAAAGCAACAGAAAAGUGUGUGUGAAUCCUGAUGCCAAGUGGGUGAAGGUUGUUAUUGCCCGAAGAGAGGCUAAAAUGCGCAGUUGAAAUGUGAAGCAGUGAAGUGAUGGGGCUGAUUGCACAUCUGGAUAACUUGAGAAAUGUGGAGUUGGGUGAUGGAGAAGCUUUACAAAGGAUCAGAAAAAUUGAAGUCAUUCUAUUACUUUGCUUUCUAUCCGAAUCAAAAUCUGACUUCUCUAGCAUGCUGAAAAGUUUUACACACAGUGAUUGUUUUCAAAUAACAUCCUUAUGAAAUAUGAAGUACUCCCACUUCCUGCACACUCAGUGAAGGAGACCGUAUAUGUAGGUUAAGGUUUAUUGUGUUAUCAUAUUUCUAUACUAUAGCACAUUCGUGAGUU